GAUACUUUGUUUAUAAACUUUACCUCAGCUGUGUCACUUAUGUUGUCGUUGUACAUUUUUCUGCACUAUAAUAUGAAAUAAAUUUGACUUUUCCAACAUGUUUAGUUCAGUAACAAGCUGGUUGGGUGUAGGAGAGAAAAGUGAAGAACUCAAACCACAAGUUAAAGGGGAAAAUAAAGAGAAUGACGGAAAUGACAAGGAAAAUAUUAAAAGUGAAAAAAUAGAAAAUGUCAACAAAAAAAGUGACUCAGAUGCAGUGGACGGUGACAAAUCUGAAAGUGCUAAAAAUGAACAAAAAGCUGAAGUGGAGGGUGAAAACCAUUCUGAGCCUUCUAAUCAACAAAUAUUAGAAGACGUGUCUGCAAAAGCCCUGAAUACUGCAAAGGAAUGGGGAAGUUAUUUAUACAGUUUUGGUAAAAUAGCUGGUAAAACAGUGGCUGAUACAGCCAAACAGUUUAAAACAACAGUUGAAGAAAAAACAAUACUGGGUGAUUUCAGUAAAGAACAUGAAAAGUUCUUAGCUGAAAAGAAAGAAGAAAAAAGACAUCAAGAGGCAGCCGUUCCUCCAUGGGUUGGUUAUAAUGAAGAAGAAACAAUGAGACAGCAAAUAUUAGCUCUAUCACAGGACAAGAGAAACUUUUUAAGGAAUCCUCCAUCUGGUGUGCAAUUUCAGUUUGAUUUUCAAGCUAUGUAUCCUAUUGCCAUGGCAACUCUUCAAGAAGAUCUAAAUCUUAAGGAGAAAAGAUUUGACUUAGUACCAAAACAAGUAUCAGAAGAAGUAUUUUGGAGAAACUAUUUCUAUAGAGUAUCAUUAAUAAAACAAUCAACCCAGUUAACAUCCAUGGCACAACAAACUGGUACAACAGGGGAAAGUCGAUCUUCAAGUAGUUCUAGAAGAUCAUCUGCUGGAAGUGAAAACAAAGCUGAUGUAAAGCCAAUUCCUAACAAUGAAACAGAAGAUGUAAGUCACCAGCCUGAGAGUCCCAAUGAAAAUGAAUUUAUAAGUGAUGCUUUCUCUGAUAAUAAUAUGGAUGAAGAAGCUUUGAAGAAAGAAAUGGAAUUACUUGGUGUGAAAGAAGAUGAUGCAUGGGAAAAGGAAUUACAACAAGAAUUACAGGAAUAUGAAGUGGUGGAUGAGAGUGGUGCAGAUAUGGAGGAUGAUUUAGAACAGGAAAUAUUAAAACAGAUUGAACAGGAAGCUAAUAUGAUAUCUUGAACAGUCAAGCAUGUUGUUGUUAUUUGUAAAUAUGUUGUAAACAAGAGGAAAAUAAUGUUAAUAUUCUUUAUUACAUCAAAUUUAAAAAAAAAUUAUGAAUUACUGAUUGCUAUAAACAAUGAAAUUGUAUUUUAGCUUAGUUCAUAUCAUUGAUAAGUAACCAAGUCGCAUAGUUCCUAAUUUUGUGCUGUGAAUUUUCUUUUUUGUGUAUUUUUGCAAGACUGUCCUAAAAUCCUGAUGGGCUCUGAUAUAAUGGUAAAAGGAUUCAAUUUUUCUUGAUAUCUCUAAAUGUAAGGAAAUGUUAUCCCAAUGUUUCAUAGACACUUUUAUUACGUAGAUGCUAACAUGUCAGUGAAAGGGAUAUAGUAAUCUCCUUAAUGUGCACAUUGAUUUAGCAAAGAUUACCAUCUAAAAUGGGUAGUUGCUUCACCUGAUAUUUCUCUGUAACACUUUUCAAAGUAAAGAUUUUGGAUGUAGUUCAUUUUCAAAGAAAAAGAAAAGUCCACUGUCAAAGUCAAGACAUUAUCAUUGUUCUUGUAUGCAUUUAACAGUGACAAGCGAUAUCUGAGAUGGGGUUCUCUCAGGUAGUGAAAAAAAAAAGACGUAGUUAAAUUAAAAAGUAACAGCCUGUGAUAAGUAACUUAUAAUAUGAUGUUAAUUUUAUUUAAUGUAUAAAUUUAGAUAUUUUGUGUAAUUAUUUUGUUUGGGGUUCAGAAAAUGAUUUUUGUCUGAUAUUUCAAGAAUGAUGUUAAUAGUUUGUAAUUUAUUGUGUAAAUUCAAAAUUAGGGUCAAAGGCUAAGCUUAAUUGUUGUAUAGGGAUUUUUAUUAGUACAAUUAGUGGUUUACAAAUUCUUGAAAAAGGCAUUGAAAGAAAUAAUAGCAGAACUGAAUUAUCAAUGUUUUCUCUUUUAGUAUUAUCAAGCACUGCAUUUCCUGAAUACUUGCAUCAUUGACAAAAUUCUGCUCCAGAUUUGAUUCUACAAAUAUGUAACACUUAAUCCAGGGGCCUUUUUCUCAAAAACUUAGAUAUCCGAUUGGAUGAUAAACAAAUUUUAAAAUCAAUAUUAGUGAUUGACCAAUCAGAUUAUUGUAACACUAAAAUCAUCUAAAGUUAAGUUUUCAAGAAUAAGGCCCCAGAUCAUCAAAUAAUUUUCUAUUUCAUGUUUGCUUGUUGGUUUAUAGUGGUAAAUAAUUUAAGGAUUUUGGAAACACCAAAUAGUUUUGAUGUAGUUUAAAGCUGGAUAUGACCAAUAAAGGGACUCAAAUAC